AUGCUCGUCGUCGCACUGCUGCUCCUCGUCGGUUGUGCCUCCGCCCAGUACGUUGCCCGCCCGUCUGGUUACGGUAGGAACGACCCGGGUGCUGUAAGAAAUGUGGCCAGGACGUCACCACAGAUCAGGCCUGUCGACUACACCAGCGGAGGAGGCAGCACAAAUACAGGCAUCAGAAAUGGUCCAAUCCAGAGCGCACCAGCAGCACCAGCGGUACCAGCUGGGGGUAGCGGACCAUCAAAUAAUCAGGGAGGACCUGAUGACAAUGGCGGCGAUGCCCUGGGCAAUGCACCCAUAGCGAGCAGCCCAGUUGCCGCACCUCCUCCGUUCAAUCCGUUCAGCUCCCCUCAAGCAUCAGGAUCGCCACCGAGUGGAGAUCAACUGAACAGCUUGCCGCAGAACAGCCCUCCAGUGCUGAGCAGCCCCAGCGGUGGUGGCGGUGGCGGCGACGACGGCUGCAGUCCUGGGGCACAGAGUGGUCCUGCUUCGGGACCAGCACAAAGUGCUCCUGUUCCAGGCGGGCCAACGGAAUCACUCGGAACCAUUCUCAUCCCAAUCAGUGGCGGUGCUAGUGUAAGUGGCGCUGUCCAAGCGAACGGCCAAGCCAGUCCACCUAACGUCGGCAGCUCUCCUCCAGCAGGAUCAUCCAGGCCCGGACCAGGAUCUGGCGGUUACCCCACAAGACGGCAUUAG